AUGAGAACGUACUACUCUUUGUUGUCACUAUUUUUGUUGUUUUUGACUUCAAACGGUAUCGCGAGGGGCUUCCUGUUGCCCCUUUACGAUGGCGGCGUCAACAGCACCAACGUCUUCUUCGAUCUCGGAAGCACCGUGUCGCUCAGCUGCAGAGUCACGGAAAAGUUUGAGUCUGCGACGAACAUUGUGUGGGCAAAGCAUUCGGAAACAACGAAUGAGACGCAUUACAUAAAAGAUGGCAUCAAAACUUCAGCCGAUAUGAGUACGCUCGUCAUCCAAAACGCCCGUAACAAGGAUGCUGGCAACUAUUCGUGCGAGUGCAACGACGAGACGUACACUUUUCGCGUCAUUUCGCGACUUCGGGUGAAAAUUCGUCCCUCGAAGGAGGUCAUUUGUGCGAUCGAGGGUGAGAUGUUGCUGCUCAAGUGUGUCGGAGUUGGGACAAAAGUGCAUUUGCGAUGGCUUUUUAACGGUCACAUCAACGACAUCAAGUUUAUUCGUCGCUUUGGACCGAAUUUCGAGAGUAACACCCUCGUUAUCAAAAAGACGGAAAAAUCUCAUUCGGGACUUUAUACGUGCGAGGCGAGAUAUAACGACUCGAUGGAGUUGGAGGAGGUUGUUGCGAAAAGUCUCACGGUGCGGGUUCGCGAUCAUUAUGUCGGGAUGUUCAAUGUCGUUUAUUGGCCAAAAACGUGUGCAGUGUUUUUCUUGUCGGACAAGGAACUGCACAAUUUUUAG